CUGAUAUCUUCACGGGAACCGGCGGACGGACAUCGGAGACGUCUGGGCCACUAUCUCCGACGCCGUCGAUUAAGGUCAUGAACGCACGGUCGACUAGUAUAAUCUGUGCGGAUCGUAAUAACGGAAGAGUGACCAAAUACCAUCAUGCAUGGCGUGUGCUAUCUACCCCGGAUGUCUGCGAACGUGAGAAUCAACGAGAGGUCCACUCGUGGCCUCAGUGUCCUUUCCCUACUGGCUCCGGCUAGCGCCACUCUCUAUGACCAGACCAUCCAGCUCUCCCAGGGCAAGGUGCAAGGUGCUGCUGCAUUCAACGAAAGCAGUGCACCGUCCUACAUCUCGAACUGGAAAGACAUCGCCGUUUGGAAGGGUAUUCCAUAUGCCGCCACAACCGGUGGAGAAAACCGCUGGAAGCCACCACAGAGUGCCCCAUCCUGGAACGGCACCCUGAAAGCUACUGCAUUUGGGCCCAGCUGUCCUAGCUCUUCAGCUGGCGACGGGUUGAGCGAGGACUGCCUGUCGAUCAACAUCUGGAGCCCCGCAACAGCCACUGAUGCCAAACUGCCUGUCAUGCUGUGGUCCUAUGCGGCCGGAGGUGAAUCCAGCCAGAGUACUUACGACGGUGCAGAAAUGGCAGCCAAAGAUGUUAUCUUUGUCAGCUACAACUACCGCACAGGGCCUCUCGGCUGGCUGACGCUGCAUGAGCUGGCCGAGGAGACUGGUGCGACGGGCAACUAUGGUCUCCUCGAUCAGAUUGAAGUUUUGAAAUGGGUACAUGAAAAUAUCGCCGCUUUUGGCGGAGACCCCGAGUCCAUCACUGUGGCCGGUCAGUCCUUCGGCUCGGGCGCCGUCUACCACUUGGUCAACAGCCCCCGAACCAACGGUAUGAUUAAGGGUGCGAUCGCAGAGAGUGGCCUCAAGGACCCAUACGAUCCAGACCUGUGGGGAUACAGAAGUGACUACCGGAACAUGACCUGGGCGUAUGCCUUCAGCAAGACCUACGCUGAGUCACUCAAUGCGACGAGCCUGGCUGACUUGCGCUCUAUGGACCUCGAAAUGGUCCUUAGCGGUGCUGGUGUUUCCGAUUUCACCGGCUUCGAUCUAGUGCUCAACUACCACGCGAUGCCCAACAAAUACAUAGUCAGCCUAGACGAAGGUGCUCCCAACGAUGUACCAAUUCUGGUUGCUGCCUACAACUCAGUCCUACGUGCUGGCUACUGCACCUCUACCUGGUCGUGGGCCAAGCGCUGGAAUCAGUCCUCUACUGAGCCCAUUUACUACUACCUCUGGACCUACUCGCCCGCUGGCUCGGACGGAGCCACCCACGACUCGGAGGUGUCUUACGCGCUGAACAACCUCUACGCCCAGACAACCACCUCAUAUACGGACACUGACUAUGAGGUGGCCAAUAUUAUGUCCUCGUACUGGGCGAACUUUGUUAAGACGCAGAACCCGAACAAGGGCAGCUCUUAUAAUAACGGUACCUUGCUGUACUGGGGUCCCAAUGUUCCCGCUCAGCGAAACAUGUUCGAGCUUGGCAGCCUCUGGAAGAACAUUGCCUUCGCGACAGCCAAGGAGAUCCAGUUGUACUGGGGGUACUUUAAGUAUGCUACGCCCAGUCCGUACUAGAUAUAGUGGGCAUUCCCGGUUAAUGUACAUAUAUCCUCUCCCGUUCGGGGUUGACAUUCUCUACUCCCGCGUACCCGCUCCUCAAGACAGUGAGUGCAUGAUGCACCGGG